AUGUGUCAGUUUAUAAUGAAAUACUCCGUUUAUGAACUAAUAUCCAAGUAUUCACAAUUUUGUCCGAAAACAUCCGAAAACGUAACCAUUUCCCACCACUUGCCUCAACUAACUCCAAUUGGCAUUUUACUUAGCCCGCCGAUCUACGCACCGCAUUUGAGUUUGGGGGUACAGUACACGCGUCAGCUCAACGUCACACACCUGAAACCUCGACAUUGUGCACAUUCCAGGACCAUGCCGCUCUCCCUAACGUCGGUCUUUGUGGCAGGCUGUUGUCUGAAGCUGCUGCUGUUCUCGGCGUACCACUCCACGGACUUUGAGGUCCACCGCAACUGGAUGGCCAUCACCUACCACCUGCCGGUGCGAGAAUGGUACACAAACACCGUCAGCGAGUGGACGCUCGACUAUCCGCCCUUCUUUGCAUACUUUGAAUGGGUGCUGUCGCAUCUGUGUCCUGCUAGCGUCGUUGAGGACGGCGCGCUGGACCUGGUGGCCAAGGGCUCCUACGGCAUGCCCACCAUUGCCUACCAACGCAUCACCGUCAUUGUGUCGGAGAUUCUGCUGUUUGUGGCGUGCCAGUGGUACGUCAACUCGUCGGUGGAGGACCGGCAGAACCUCAACACCAAGGGCAGCCACGCCGGAGUCACCCGAAAGCUGUCGACCAUCAAGGAGUCUAAGGAGGAAACAGAAGACGCAGACUCGUCGCUAUCGGAACACCCCGAGCUGGCCGCCACAAAAACAAAGCCCACUGCCAAGUUGCGGGCCUUUGCCGUCGCCUCCUCGGUCGUGCUCUCUCCCGGACUGCUCAUCAUCGACCAUAUCCACUUUCAGUACAACGGCUUCAUGUACGGAAUCAUGAUUGCCAGCAUGGUGGCAGCUCGAAACGGCCAGCCGCUCCUCUGCGGAGCGCUGUUUGCCAUUUUGCUGUGCUUCAAACAUAUCUACCUCUACCUGGCGCCGGCCUACUUUGUCUAUCUUCUUCGUGUCGUGGUCAUCCCCGGAAACUCGUUCAAAAGCCUGAGAAUCAACUUCAGAGACACCGUGCUGCUCGGUCUCAUUGUUGUGGGCACUUUCACUGUCUGUUUCGGGCCGUUUGUGGCAUUUGGACAGCUCGAAAAUCUCAAGUCGCGCCUAUUCCCCUUCUCCCGAGGACUCACCCACGCCUACUGGGCCCCCAACUUCUGGGCGCUGUACUCGUUUGCAGACAAGGUGGCUGUGACGGUCAUGAAGGGCCGAGGAGCCGUCUCUGGAGGCACUAGAGGCAUUGUGGGAGACGUUGCGUUCGGUGUGUUGCCCAACGUGUCUCCUUCAACCACGUUCUUCCUCACCCUCUUCUACCAGCUCCUGGGUCUGGGGCCCCUUCUGAUGAAACCCACGUACGCGCGAUUUGUGGGUGCCAUCACCUACUGCGCGUACGCGUCAUUCUUGUUUGGAUGGCAUGUCCAUGAGAAGGCCAUCUUGAUGAUCAUUAUUCCCUUCACGUUUGUGGUGCUACGAGACAAGCGGCUGCUGCUGGUGUUCAUCCCCCUGACCAUCUCCGGCUACAUUUCGCUCUUCCCGCUCAUCUACACGUCAGCCGAGUUUAUGGUCAAGAUUCUGUACACGUUUGCGUGGUUCUGUAUGUACUUUUUGUGGUUCAACCACCGGCUGGUGUCGGACCACCGCAACAGCAUCACCACGCGCGAGUUUCUGCUUGACCGAGCCUCCUUCUUCUACCAGAUGGGAUUUGUUCCCGUGGUAGCUCUGUCUGUUAUUCUGGACGGACGACCCAAUAUGGAGUUUCUGGGUCUCAUGAUCAUGUCCGUGUACUCUGCCAUAGGCGUGUGUGGCAGUUUUGUCGCCUACUCGUGGUUGUACAUGUGUGAGCCCGGAAUGUGGCAGUAA